UGUGGCAGCAUCUUGUCUUCUGGGUCCAUCUUUGUGACCUUGGAGUUUCAAAUGACUUUUUAUGGAAGCUUUCAGCUGAAUUGCAAUUUUGUCAACUAUCCAUGGAAGACCAGUUAAAGUUUUAUAUUGUAAACAAGGAUAUUUGUAAUAAUGGCAUAAACAAUUGUUUAUCCUGCAGUUAAAGUACAGCCUUUUAAAUUCUUUGCCCCACUCCAAAACAGCACUUCUUGAGCCACAAAUUAUUGAACCCAUAGGGUGCUUGGUUUCAAAGGAAAUAUAGGGGAACUACCUGAUUCUUGUUUUGGGAGCUAUCCUUCUAAAUACAGCAACACAUGUGUAAUGCUCCUAUACAGCAAUAUCAGCUUUUGGGAAUACUGCCAAGAAGCAAAGAGUUAGUAAAAAAUUCAAUGAAAGGAACACUUUUUGAGUUCCUGCCUCAUGCAGAGCCCUGCCUUGUGUGCUGAAGGAGAUGAGGUGUCAGACUAGAUAUCAACCCUCAGAACCUAUUGAUUCUUAAUUUAGACACAAUUUUAGUAACAUGUGGUUUUCUGAUUUCCCACUGUAUAAAAGAUUAGAGGCAGAAACUUAGGAAGUUGGUGGAAGAAGGCUGCUAGAGACAGGCACACUGAACAUUAGGUGGAAAUAGCAGCUGACAGCUAGAAAGGAGAUAAGAAUUAUAAAAAGAAGAGAUAAAAUAAUACCAGCUAGGGGGCAGCUAGAUGGCGCAGUGGAUAAAGCACCAGCCCUGGAUUCAGGAGGACCUGAGUUCAAAUCCAGCCUCAGACACUUGACACUUACUAGCUGUGUGACCUUGGGCAGGUCACUUAACCCUCAUUGCCCCACCAAAACAAAAAACAAACAAACAAAAUACCAGCUAGCAUUUUCAAAGCAACAGCAGUGAACUAGGGUAAGCACUUUAGAAAUACUUUCUCACCUGAUCCUCACUACAGCCCUGGGAAGUAGGUGAUAUUAAUUCCCAAUUUACAGUUGAAGACACUGAGGCAGGCAGAGGUGAAGUGACUUGCCCAAGGUCACAAGCUAGUGAGUGAGUUUGGAUUUGAACUCAGGUCUUCCUGACUCCAGGCUCAGUACUAUAUGCACUGUGUCCCCCAGCUGUCCCCUAUAUUUAAAAACUCUACUAAUCUCAGGCUAUUUUAUGUGGCCCCUGGAUAGUAAUACAUGAUGCUGUAAUCAGUGUUCCUAAUGAUAAUAUCAGGCAUGAAGAAAUGAUUGUUAAUAUUUAAUGCAGUUCAUUUAUGGAGGUAGGAAAAUAUCUCUAUUACUUUGGAAAUAUGUAUACUAUGUUUUAGAAAUAUCUUCACCCUUUAAAAUAAAGGGUAUUUUAGCACUUAAAAGAACUUUUUAUUUUUUACAGUAAUACUAGAUAUAUUAAAUGUCAUUUUUACCAUAGUAAACUCUUUUUGCAUUUCUACCCCAGUGGUAUUUAUAUCUGAACAUAUUUAUAGUUGUUGUAACUUCUCAGAUCACAGAAGAUAAUAUGAGGGAGAGAUUUUAGACACAGUUCUUUAUUCAUCUUAGGAAUAAAAUUUCCUUUGAUGGAAAUAACUGAAUCUCUGACCACAUAAUGAGUAGAUUUUCUGUCAAUUAGCCACUUCCCUUAAAAAGGAUUUGUCUUAAGGUAACCAGGUUUGGGGUGCUAAUUAACACACAUGAAAAUAUAACAGUCUGGACUUCCUCUUACAGAUGGAUAGAGUGGUUUAAAAAUAGAAAAAUAAGUUUAUAUUUAAUAGAUGGAAAUGUGAAACUGAGCUAACUGUGGAGGCACAAUUCUGGAUCUGAGCACAUUUUCUUUGGAUGGCCCAUUUAAAUUUUCAAGGUCCAUGUAAAUAGAAAUGAACCUGUGACCCUGCUUGAAGAUUGACCUUGGGGAUUCCCACAUCUCUCUUCUACAGCCAUCUUUUCCAUGGCAGGACUGAAAAAAUAGCUAAUAGAAAACAGGAGAACAGCAAAGAGAGCAUGGGGACAGCUCACAGUGGUGAGAAAGAAAUGGUUUUGGAUGUUGGGAUCUGACAAAAUUAGAGGCUCACAUGGAUAUAGUUCUUUCACAUUUGCAAGCACUCUUCAUUUAAGCUUCUCAUUGACCCUGUGAGGUCUUGUAGGUAUUAUUGCCUCUAUUUUACAGAUGAGAAAACUGAAGCUCAGAAGUUGUGACUUGCCUGUUGUCACAUAGGAAGUGUCAGAAACAGAAUUGGAACACAGGCCUUCCUUACUUCAACUUCAGCUCUUUUUCUAAGGCCCUCUACUACCUUGAGUAUAAUGGAAAGAACUGUGGGCCAAUAAUUAAGAAACUUGGGUUCCAGUAAAUUCUGGUUGUGGCUCUGACACUGACUGACUAUCUAUGUCACCUAGGCAAGUUAACCUCUGUGCCCCAGCUUCCUGAUCUAUAAAACGGAAAUAACAGAGGCAGCCUGGUGGAUUGGAAAAAGCCCCAGGUUUAAAUCUUAGCAUCUCUGCUGCUUACUACCUAUGUGACCUUGGUAUUUACAUGAAAAACAUAUCCUUCACCGAGAUCUGAAAACUCAGAAUGUUUUCUUAACGAGAACAAACAUCAUUAAAGUAGGCGAUCUGGGGAUUGCCCGAGUGUUAGAAAAUCAAUAUGACAUGGCCAGUACGCUCAUCGGGACACCAUACUACAUGAGUCCUGAGUUAUUCUCAAACAAACCGUACAACUAUAAGUCUGAUGUUUGGGCUUUGGGAUGCUGUGUUUAUGAAAUGGCUACACUGAAACAUGCUUUCAAUGCAAAAGACAUGAAUUCUUUAGUUUAUCGAAUUAUUGAAGGAAAGCUUCCACCAAUGCCAAAAGACUAUAGCCCACAACUGGCAGAACUGAUAAGAACCAUGUUGAGCAAGAAACCUGAGGAAAGACCUUCCGUGAGAAGCAUACUGAGGCAACCCUACAUAAAACGCCACAUUUCUUUGUUUUUGGAGGUUACAAAGGCGAGAACUUCAAAAAGCCAUAUUAAAAAUGGUAACCCUAAAACCAGACCUGCUGCUGAAGUUCUUUCAGUAAAAACUGAAUCAGAAAAUGAAAGGAUCAUCUCUCAGCCAUAUUUCUCAAAGCAUUCCAAGACACCUGCAGAGGUUGAAGAAACAUGUUUAUCUCAGGAUAAACCCACGGAUGCUUGCCUCUCAGAAACAUCCCAUCCUAAAAGCCCUCCCAACAAGAAUGAUGUGUCCAGCCCUGGAGACUCUUUAGCAACAAUCAGCAGAGUGGAUAUUAACAUCUUACCUGCCGCUGAAAGGAGAGACUCAAAAAGUGGCAACUUACUGCAAGAUGACAAACUGAAACACUCUAAUAUUUCUGAUGAGCCAGAAGCUAAAUUUAAUGUCUCCCUAGUAAAGGAAGAGAAGCAACAACUUAGUCCAAAGCCUGAAAAUCUAACUCCCUCUAAGCCUUCUAUUGAGAUCCCUGAUGAAGAGAAUGACACGAUGAAACUUCUACAGCCCUUACACAAAGACCUCAAGCCAGAGGAUCAGACCUUCUUGUUUCAGGAUAGUUUGGACUCCACCGAAAAGCUCUUAGCUCCAUUUAUUCCUGUUGUCCUGGAUAGAGUCAACCCAUACUUACAGCCCCAUAGUUCUGUAUCUGAGCCCUUCCAUUCCCGGCAACGCAGGCAGAAAAGAAGGGAACGAAUUGAACGAAGUAAAGAGAAUGGACAGCUCCAGGAAGUUCCUCCUAGGCCUUUGCCUUCUCCUCCCAUUGAUAGUAAAGUAGUUGAGAAGAUGACACAUAGGGGUGCUGAUAAACAUAGCACAGAAGAAGUAAUGGUGUCUGUGGACAGUUCAAGAAGCAGUGAGAUAACAUCCUCAAAGGAUCGACCUUUGUCUGCCAGAGAAAGGAGAAGACUAAAGCGGUCACAGGAAGAUAUGUUUCCCACUGUUUUUUCAGGUCCUUCAAUAAGAAGAGGUUCUCUGGAUUCAGGAGAAGGAAUGAAGCUGCACAUAGAAGAUGAACACAUUAUUGCUCAUCAGUUAUCUUCAGAUGUGGAUGCCUGUCAGGAAAAGAAAUUAGUUCGUUGUCUGUCUGAGGAUGAGUUAAGUUCUUCUACAAGUUCAACUGAUAAGUCAGAUGGAGAUUCCAAGGAAGGGAAAGGCCAUACAAAUGAAAUGAAUGAUUUGGUGCAGCUGAUGACCCAGACACUAAAAAUGGACUCUAAAGAAAAUUGUGAGAAUCUUCCAAUACUUCUUCCUAUGUCAGAGUUUAGACUCCAUCGAAAAUACAGAGAUACCCUAAUUCUUCAUGGGAAAGUUGAAGAGGAUUCAGAGGAAUUUAAGCUUAAAGAACUUUCUCCAGCUGUUGUAUCUGGUUCUGAAAAGAUCAGAAGAAUGAUUGAAGUUUUGAGAGCUGAUGUAAUUCAGGGGUUGGGAGUGAAGCUUUUAGAGAAAGUGUAUGAUCUCAUGGAAGAAGAUGAUGAACUGAAGAGAGAGGUACGUUUGCAGGAGCAUUUGGGUGAAAAAUAUGUAAAUUAUAGCAUGAAAGCUCGACUUCUGAAAUUUUUUGAAGAAAAUGUGAAUUUUUGAGCACUUAUCUAAGCUUUUGUCAGAACUGAAAACCUAUUUUUAAACAUGUUUUUUCCCCCUGAAAGGAUUACCUCAACCAAACAUGUCAGAUUGGUGGCCAUUGAAUUUGGCUGUGCCAGUCUUUCUGGGAUUGUUGUGUUUUGCAGGAGUGUAGAAAUGGAUAUGAAUGAGUGCUGUGGAAACUGGUUUACGAAAAGGGUUUUGUUUUCUUUUUUAAUUAAUAAAUAGGUACCACAUUGUGGGAAGAGAAAAAUAUUUCAUGUUUUAUAUGAAACUUGUUCGGUUAAGCAGCCUGAAACCAUUGUGUAUCUAGGAUUUCUAUUAAAAUAGUGAAAACCUACCAGAGCAGUGCUAUCAGUAUAAGAGCAGGGGUUUUCUAGGUGGUUACAACAGUGUAACAAACUACCAAAACAAAUGGUUUUACAUAAUAUGCCUAAUCAUAAGCAUAUGGUGGUGAUAUUAGGAAACACUACAAAGAUAGCCGAUAAAUUGAAAUCAGUGCAUGAUCUUUAUAGAUUUGAAGAAUGGAGCUGUACAUAAUUUUUUAUAUACUUAGAAAAGUUUAAAAAUUAACAUUUAGUUUGAACAAGAUACUUGUGGCUUAUUUAUUCAGUAUAUAUUUAUGUACUGGCUUUGUUUAAUUCAUUUUUUCAUCAGCCAAAACAUCUGAGUACUAAUUCCUUUUGGAAUGAAAUAAUUUGUAAGUAAAAUCCAGGUGCUUUUGAGCUGAAUUUGAGGCAUUUUAUAUCUCUUGAAAUAGAGAAUUCAGCUUCCUUGCAUAGUCUCCCUUCUUAUUCUAUUUGGUUGCUUUUUUUGUAUCAUGACAUAUACUGUCUCUCCACGUUUUAAAGAUCUACUGUGUAUAUUUUAGGAAUUUUUUUUAUAAGACAUAAAAUUACCACAAAGUAAAUAAACAGCAUUUUGUAAAAUAAAUUUUGUUUAGUAAAUUUUUGGUGUAGUGGGAAAUGCACAGGACUUGGAUCAGAAGACUUUGGUUCAAACCCCAUUUCGGACACUUUGUAGUCAUAUGGCCCUCACCCCUAUCAGUUUCCUCAUUUACUGUAAAAGAGAUACUACUUAAAACUAUCUACCUCGAAGGCUUGUUGUGAGGAAAAACCUUUGUAAGCCUUAAAAUUCUAUGUAAAUGGAAACGGCAUUAGAGAAUAUUGACUUGGAGACAUUUUUCUUUUUUGUAGGUUUUGAAAAUUACUUGAAUGGUAUAAAAGACAUUGAAAUACUGCAUUCCCUUCCAGUUCUACUUUUUUCUUAACUGGGCCUUUGUAGAGUCUGCGAUAUUAAAAUGUGGGUUUUUGUUUCAUGGAUAUGACAACUUGGCUUCUUUUAGGGACUUGAAACUAAGUGGUGUUAAAUUAUGUUGGAUUUUAUUAAA